UGUGGCCUAUCUAGAAUACUUUGGUUUUGUUCCUGAUGACUAUCCCAGGGUGCUAGUAGAUCACUACUGGCGUGGAAGAUUUCCUCAAGAUGGUGAUGUUCUAACCAGCAAUCCAACAAACCUGCUCAAAGCCAUAAGACACGUUAAGAUCCUUGAUGUUACAUAUUCUAUGACUCAUGA